CAGUAACACAGAUGCGUUAAAACAUGCAAACCAGUUGUCUCCUAACACAUUAAUAUCCCUUAUGAUUUUCUGUAUGGUUCAUUGUAAGAGUUAAAGCGGGUUAAAGAAAAAGGUAUGUUCAGCGGGGAAGGAGAGACUUGUUUUGAGAGGAGCUGAGGACUGACUGCCCAUGGUGGAUGGGCGGAGCAGCAAGCAUGCGCUGAGCUGGCAGAGACGGGGCUAGUCUGCUGCGCGCAAGGAGAGGGAGAUCACGGGCUGGCUCGGGUCCUCUCAGACGGACGCGGGGAGACCACCUUACCAAUCACGUCUCCUUGAGGACUAAAUAGGCGAGAACAGAGAAGAGCAAGAGAGAGAGUGAGAGACAGGGAGAAAUAGAAUAAUAGAAAGCUAUAAGGACAACACCUCCGUUUGUAACCACAGGGAGUCGGCAUCUGGAAACAUAACGAGUGAAGAAGACCCCCCCUCGCGACAUCUCUCGGCUCUGUGUCUCCCAGCGCACCCCUCCUAUAGCCUACUCCCUGGAGAACGACCACCCAUUGAACACCCUAAUUGACCAGCGUUGCCAUUAAGCGAUGCACUUUGAAUCCAAGACGAAACCGAACGCGUCAUUUUGAUGCACAUUCUACAACCAGUGAUCUUCAUUUUCCAAAAAGGAACAGUUUAGACUGUGGACACAGUUUGGGGUGUUUAGCCUAAAUUUAACCGGUUUCUGGCGACGUGAAAUUAUCUCAUCCCCGGUAACUGACAUCAACACUAUACGAUUAUCUCGUAUUGCUUGUCUUAUCAUCUUCGUUUUAUUCCAUUUUCUUUUUCUUUUUCAAACCAAUGGUCUGGGAACGGACCGCCUCACCCGACACAUAGUAUUUUAUUUAGACGUGUCAGCUUCGUCUAGUGCUUUGAACGAGGACAACAUUACAGAAUUGCAAGGGGAAAUUGUCAUCGAGAGGCUUUUGCACAAAAAUAUUGAGUGGAAAGUUUGUUGCCGGAGAGGGAAUAAAUCGGAGACAUCUCGGCCAUAUCCACGGGAUUUUUCCCUAAGGUGGGAGGUCCGUGGGCUGCAGCCAUGCUGUCCCUGGACGAGCCAUUGGACCUGAUGCUCCCUCGGGGGCGUGUCAACGGGCGGGACAGGGGUGCACGGUCACCCCCCACCCUCACCCUCUCUCCGAUACCCUUCAAGCGCGCCCGGCAGCUCCGCAUGGCUGAUGAUGGCACAGCCGUCAUAGUGCCCGCCUCCCCGGCCUCGCCACACACAGGUGUGCUGGUGGUCUCCCAGGAGAGGCCAGAGACACCCCCCACCCCGCCGGCCGUGGACCUCAGUACGUCCCCCUCCUCUCGCCACACCUCCAGCUCCCCAGAGAUGACCAACGGAAACGGGGUCUACCACCACAUCAUUGCAGGGGACUCAGCUCACAUCCGUUACGUGGAGAACAGAGCCUCCUCGCAGGCCUUCCAGUUCUUCGUGCCGAUUGGUGCUGGGGCCGGACUCCACCUGCCGUCAUCCAUGUUCAUUGGCCAGCCCAACGACAAGCGGGCCUCUCCCGAUCUCUCAGCAGACGAACAGCUGGCCUGUCGCUGGAGGAAGUGCCAUCUUCUCUUUGAGUCCCUGCAAGACCUCGUGGACCACGUCAACGACUUCCACGUCAAACCUGAAAAGGAUUCUGGUUACUGCUGCCACUGGGACGGCUGUGCUCGCAAAGGGCGGGGCUUCAACGCUAGGUACAAGAUGCUUAUCCAUAUCCGUACACACACCAAUGAGAAGCCUCACCGCUGCCCCACCUGCAACAAGAGCUUCUCUCGCCUGGAGAACCUCAAGAUACACAACCGCUCACACACAGGUUGGAUAGACACACAGACACACAGGUUGGAUAGACACACAGAC